UUCCAAAACAUUGGGAGGAGUUCGAAAACAAACAAUUCAAGAAACUCACACAAAAAUUUUAAUUUAUCUAUUCAGGGGGACAGUCUACGUAAGAAACAAACACUUGAAGACAGACUUCCCGUCAUAGACGAGGAAGGAAACGGCGAUCCUGGGUACGAAUUUGUCUUCGCAGAUAACUUGAAAGGUUUCCUGACGGAUGAAAAGAACGAAGAACAUUUUGAAGAUAGUGACAGUACAUCUGAAGAUGAUUAUGAAGACAGUUAUGACUACCUAGAUAAUGGAACUGAUGAUGUCGAUGAAGCGUGUAGACGAAAGUAUGAUUUGUGCAUGGAGUCUGGAUCAACGAACCCAGGAAAACUCCGUUGUCAAAAAUCGUACUUUUUGUGUUUACUGGAUGAUGAUGAGGACAUCUACAAUGAACUUUGAGCACAUUUCUAAAACAGUGUUAAUAUUAAA